CAAAGUCUGUGACAAACAGUUUGUAACCCAGCAUAUUUUCUUUUACUCCCAAUUUAAGAGACCAAAUAAGAUUAAAUCAUCAAGAGCCACUAAAAAAAUCAAAGUCUGACCUCUAAAGUGAACAAUCUGGGACCGGGGGGGGCGUCAGGCACAGGUUUGAGUUUUCUCAGCAUUAAUUCAAAGACGUUACAUAAGCUAAAUCACAUGCAAGAGCUCUAAUCCCUCAGGGUCUGUUGUCGGUUAUUUUAUUCUAUAAUAUGAAGCUGAACCUAAAUAUUGCAAAAAAAGGUUAUGUAAUUUCAGCAAAWAAAAUGUUUUUGAAUGUUUUUAUUGUAGCAAAAUAAUGUAUUUUUUUAAUUAAACAAAACUAUGCAGCUAAUUAGUCAUUUAGUAAUCAUCUGACAUAGUAUUUCUUUUCUGAGAGGUGUUUAAAACAGAUAAAAUGUAGUUUAUGUUGAUUGUGUUCCCCCUGUGUAAGCAGUAAGGACAGCCCCCUAACCAGUGAAUCACAGUUUAGCAGUCAGAAAAUGCUGAGAAACUGCACUGUGUCCAAUAGCAGCUGAGGCCUGGUGGGAGGCGACGCUUCAGUCUGAAUGAGCUGCUCUCACACACGUUUCCCCUCCUCUGUUCUCAGUUUCCUGCUGCCAAGACUGAAGAUCUGCUCCCGGAGAUGAAGGAGAGCAAACCUGUUCGCCUCAUCGCUGCAAUCUGCAACGACAGGGGGAUAGGCAAAGAUGGAGCACUGCCAUGGAGUUUACCAACUGAAUUUCAGUACUUUUUGAACACCAUCACACGAGUGUCACGACCAGGCAACAUGAAUUUGAUCAUUUGGGGUCAUCUAAGUUGGAAUUCCCGACCUGAAAACAUGUUACCACUGGCCAACUCUCUGCAUGUGGUCCUCAGUAAAACACUAACAACGGUCCCAGAUCAGGCUCACUUCUUGUGCCGAGACUUUGAGAGCGCCGUUCGACUGGCAGCUGAACCUCCCCUCGCAGGUAUAAUGGAGACCAUCUGGGUCCUCGGAGGAACGCAGGUGUACGAGGAUGCRUUGAAACACCCGUGGUGUGACCUGCUCUACCUGACAGACGUGAUGGCUGACUUCGACUGUGACGUUUUCUUUCCAGAAUUCGACCGGAAGCUGUUUAGAUUACAGGACCGAUUUCCUGAUGUGCCGAGCGACAUUCAAGAGGAGAACGGCAUCAAGUUUAAAUACCAAGUUUUCAAGAAAGAAACUGCUGAUGCCGUCUAAAUAACAAAUUAAAAAACUGCAUAAUCUGAGGAUGUUUAAAAAUGGGCAGGAUUGUAGAGAUUACAUUUAAAAACACAAAAUGUUUUGUAUUUUAAAAUAUCAUUGAAAGGUAAAUGAUUCUAAAGUAACAAUGAAAACUUACAGCCAUUUGAAAACAGACAUAGUUUUUAAAUAAAUAUGUACAAUAUGUGUAUUUGUAUGUAUUUUUUUUAUCAUAUUUAUGGUCUUUGUCUAGAUAUAACAAUGAGCUCUGGCAUUUAGAGAAAUCUCCUGCUGCCUUCACUUGUCACCUUAAAGCUUCUCUGUGUUGUUGGGUUUUUUUCCUGCACCUGCACAGAAAAUGUUCAUCAUGUAGUCAGCAGCCAACAUCAAGUACAGCCUAAAACCUGGGUUUCACAAUAGAUGUGCUUCUUUACAAAAGAUAAAAAAUAAAAAAUGCAAAUUUUAAAGUUGCUGGUUCAUGUUUACAUUAGUUUUUAUAAAGAUAUGAAGAAAAGUUCAAGUAUGAUUUUUUGUGUUUGAAAAUGUAAAAAAAACUAUUUUGUGUGACACUGCCUCUGAAUGCUUUUGUUAACAAAUAAAUAACCAUGCUUUAUUGUUAUUAUCAUUUUAAAUAAAAAUGGUUAAUAUUUA